ACACAGCCGGGCCGGCCGGCGGGGGCUCCGGCGACGCUCCGUCGGGCGACACGGCAACCCGUCCGACGGCCACCAGCUCCUUCCAGCACAGCACCAUUCAGGAUGAAAGUCCCCUUCAAGAGGCAAUUCAAGAUGAGCUUGCUGGAUAUCACCAAGAUAUUCUCCCUCUUCCAGCCCAGCGAAGAUGAAGAUGGGGACAGAGAAAGACAAGAGCUGAGUCUUGCCGUGUCCCAGGACAGCUACCAGCUGUUGGACCAACUGUUGCACCAAGAGCGGUACAAACAGGUCAUCAACAGUCGGAGUGGUUGGGGGGUGCCAGGCACUCCCCUGCGCCUAGCGGCCUCCAAGGGCCACGUCAGGUGCAUCAAGGUGCUUCUGGACCACGGCGCUGAAGUGGACAGCUUGGAUGUCAAGGCCCAGACACCACUCUUUGUUGCCGUCAACAAUGGGCACCUUGACUGCGUGAAGGUCCUCUUGGAGGCGGGGGCCUGUCCUUCUGGGAGCAUUCACAACAACUGCACCCCGCUGCUCACGGCUGCGAGGGAAGGAGCCCUGGGGAUCCUGCAGGAGUUGCUGUCACACGGGGCAGACCCUAACGUCAAACCUCGAAUCCCAGAGUGGGCGGCCAACUCCGUGGCCUGCUGUGGACCUUUGUAUUUGUCUGCCGUCUAUGGUCAUCUGGAGUGCUUCAAGACCCUCUUGUUGUACGGGGCUGAGCCCAACUACAACUGCUUGGAUAGGAACAUGAUCACCCGAAUUAAACACCCCAAGACUCUCCUGGAAGUCUGCUUGAAGCACGGUUGUAGGACAGAGUUUGUCAAGCUCCUCAUUGAUUUUGGUGCCAAUGUCUACUUGCCUGGCAUCACAUUGGAGAAGAGCUCAGCCAACCCUGAAGUGCUUGAGCUGUUGGCCAGAGAAAGAGCGUUGCCCAAAUCCUUGAUGUCUCAAUGCAGACUAGCAGUCAGAAGGUUUAUGAAACUGGAGAACCAUCCCGAAGCUGUGGAUCAACUGGACAUCCCACUAGUGCUGCUCAACUACCUCAAACACCAAGUGUAACAGAAGAUCAAGGCUGAACUGCCCAGGGUUACCAAGUACUGUAACUGGAUAACGAAAAAAGAAAGAAAGACACUUCUAAGAAUUGGAACACCAGUGUGUGAUGGUUUGCUUGAAUGAAUUUGAUGGUGUGUGUGAAAAAUAAUGCAGUAGCUAAACAGAGUUUCCCAAUUUGGGGAAUCUUAAGAAGUGUGGACUUUAACUCUCAGAAUUCCUCCAGCCAGCAUGCUGGCUGGGGGAAUUUUGGGAGUUGAAGUCCACCAUCUUAACAUUCACAAGUCCACCAAUUUUACAUUAACAUUGACCAACUAAAAUGGACAAAAAAAUUCUCAUUCUCCUGGUGGACGGCUGGCAAGAAUCAAGCUUUAUUCUUGUGGGGUUGUUUUUUUUGAAGAUCAAGCUCCAUUGCUCUAAAGUAGAAGUUUGCAACAUUGGGGUUAAGCAAAGGGAACAUUUAAUAAAGAGAUUGCUAUCCACCACCAUGGAAUGAAUGAAACCCCACUGCUCUCAUCAGGAGAGGGGUGUUUGGAGAGGAAUUCUAAAAUUCUUUGGUCUUUUAACUGUGACAUUCCUAUGUUUGGACUGAGCUACCAUUUUCAUCUGUUUUUGUCAGUCUCUAAAACCCAAGAAAAGCAAAGAGAAGUGUUUGUUCUAAACAGAUUUGUAGGAUGCAGAAUAACAGAGUUGGAAGAGACCUUCACGUUCUUCUUAUCCAACCCCUGCUCCACAGGAGACCCCAUACGAUUCUGGAUAAAUGGAUGUCCAGGAUCUUCUUGAAAACCUCCAGUGAUGGAGCACCCAUGACUUCUGGAUGGAAACUGUUCUUUAUUUAUUUAUUUAUUGUUCCUCAUCUCUACAGACAGAAAUCUGCCAAACUAGACUUGUCCCAUCAGGGGAAUUCUGGGAGUUGAAAUCCAAACAUCUUAAAGUUGCCAAGGUUGAACAAUGCCAUAUUUGCGAGUUCAUCUUGUACCAUAAGAGUGUUUUAAUCGAUAUCACUUUUGUUUAAUAAGAUUGGGAAAUGCAAAUAUGAAUUUAAUUAUUACUAGUGGAAGCAUUUUUAAUUCUCUAGAUAAAGGCAAAUGCAAUUUUAAGAGCAAGCUCACCACAUUAAAUACAAGCAUUUUUCUCCUCUCUGGAAUUCUGAAACAAAAUCAGAUUUAUUUUAAAGAUAUGUAUAAUUUAUAUUCUAUCAUUAAGUCAAUUUAGAACAACAGAUUUUCGUGAAAAUGAUUUUGCAUGUUUACAGCAUAGUUCAGUUUAAUCUGGGAGAAUAUGAAAUAGUGCUGCGAUAUCACCAGCACAAUAUUAAUAAAUGGAUGAAUAAAUGGCAAAAUUAAUUGCUUGAAUUCAUCUGAAAAGUCACAGAUUUUUAAAAAUUCAUGUGUGCCUUUCUCUGUUGGGAUGAUGUCAAGCUGGGCUAAAACUGCUGCCUUGAGAGCUAU